ACCGGCCCGGCGGCUGUCUAUCGGACGUCCCUACUUAGCUAAGCAACUCAACAGAGUCGGGAUAUAUGUCCAGCUAAGGAGUCAACAGGAAGCGGCAGCAUAUCCGCGUAUCUUCCUUGCCUAGCCGCGAUACUCGCGGACGACUUCCUGACACGCAGGGGCAGAGUACGAGUCUUCGAUGGCGACGAGCGUGGGUUGGCCGGGGGUGCGUCCCGUCAAGACUUGCACGGAAUGUAAGCAGUCCAAGCUUCGGUGCGACUCGAAAGACAGAUUUCCCAACCCGUGCUCGAGAUGCCAGGCGAGAAAUCUCACAUGCACCGUGGACCCGUCCUUCCGGAGAACACCAGCACGCAAGAGGCUCGAGGCCAUGUCGAAAGAGCUACAGGAGCUGCGCGACCAGAGGCUAGCAGAGGGGGCCCGGGCCAGUUCGGCGACGAGCCCGGAUGCGGACACAAAUCGCUCGCGAGACACGUCCGUGAGCGCAUCGCAGUCCCUAGCCGGCAUUCUGCUGGACGAUUUCGAGUUUUUAGGGCACGAGUCAUUCGAGCUCGGCCCCGUAGUAGUGAGCAAGCAGUCGGUCGUCGAGAUCUUCAACCUAUUUGUCACAUUAUACUGUCCUCACAUGCCUAUCCUGGGCCCGAUAUCACUCAACGGCACCUACCAAUCUCAACCCUUUCUGUUCUGGACCAUCGUCAUCAUCGUCGCAUUGCGCUCACCCGUGCCGUCGGACGAAAACCUCUUCACUCGUCUGCGUGACCCGUACAUGCAGAUGUUGAGGGGAGAGAUUUUGCGAUCUCCGAUGCCUCUGGGCAAAAUCCAAGCACUCCUAUUUCUUUGCACCUGGCCGCUGCCCGUCUCGAGCCAACGGGACGAUCCGAGUUGGCUGUAUUGUGGGAUCGCGGUAAAUGCCGCCCUUUACAUGGGCCUUCACCGCUCGAAUCCCAAGGCGGGGGAUAUCCCUUCGUUUUACAGCAUCGGAGUCGUGGCGGGCAGCGCUCACGAGCGGAAUAACACGUGGCUCGGCUGCUUCUACGUCAGCACCUCUCUCAGCAUGCACUACGGCGUCCCUCCGAUGAUAAACACCCCGUCAGAUCUCGCCCACAUACGAACGCUUCUAAGCGAGCAUACCGUCCCGCGGGGGUUCGCCCUUCAGAUCCGUGCGCUCCUCAUCAAAGCGGGCUUUACCAACGUGCUCGCCCACGACUCGAACGACGUGGUCGUCGAUUCCUCCAUCACUCACCUCCUCGACAGCGAGCUCGACACGCUCAAGGCCAACUUUCCCGAGGGGUGGACGAGCAUGACCGAGUUCACCAUCAUGGUGGUCAAGAUGUACGUCUACAGCUUAGUAAUAACGCGGUCUCGCGCUGGCAUGGGCUCGCGGGAGAUCCUCCUGAAGCUCGGCCUGGCCGCGGCUCUGCGCUCGAUCUACAUAGGGAACUCGCGGUACCACGAGACGCAGGACAAGCUCCACAACAUGACGGUGGCGCAGCGCGAGCGUACGUUGCCCAAGGACUACUUCCGGGGCUUGGCCUUCGCGACGGUCUUCCUCAUCCGCUACUUCGUCCAGUACAAGGGGUCCAAUGCCGAGGAGCAGCAGCUGGCCGCCAACCAUGUGAUCAUGGCGCACUCCAUCUUCAAGGGGGUGACGCUCCACCCCAGAGACGAGUACGGCCGGGCGGCGGCGCUCUUCGAGACGCUUUGUAAGCAGGCCCCUAUUCCCACCGAUACGAGCAAGCCCAGCUUAGCCGACAGGAUGGGCGCCACCCUGAUCGUCGACGCUAUCAACACAGCCCGCACAUUACGCGGCGCCCCCCUCGAGAUCACAGAGCCCGAGGUCCCCAUCGCGAACACGACAGAGAGCCUGGCGGCGCCGAGCGCCGUCGAGUCGCAGGACGUCUUCAAUAGCACGUCUCAUCUCCUAGACCCCUGGCCGUCGGACCUGGCGUUCGCGAACGAGUUCUGGAGCGAUCUCUCGUGGGACGUAUUCAACGUGAACGGCGGCACGUUGCAUUUCUCGCCGAGUCAUCAGGGUCACCAGGAUCAUUAGGGUCUAUAAUAGGUAGAAAUUUUAAAUAACGGCAAAAAAAAAAAAACCAAAUAAAAUAUCUCGAGAAAUGUCUUCAAUUAGCCGAAUAGUCUACAGAUUCCGUGACCACGUAUUAUAAUACAUAAUAGACCAAAGGAAAACCCUGAUCCCUCCUCGCCCUAGCCUGCUCGAUCCGAACCCCUGCGUCUGCUCCUCCUCCUCGUCCAUCUACGCGAGCGCCGCCACCAGCUCGUCGGGCAGGGGCAUGCGCACGAGGGGGACGUGGCGCUGGGAGCCGUGGACGUCGUCCUCCAUGAAGCCGCCGGCGGGGACGGGGC